AUGGCCGACAUCCCUUUCAAAUUUGAAGCAUUCAGUUUUAACGGUAUCUGUGAAACCGUUGCCCUUCCUCUUUGCCCUAUGAUGGGUGAGCACGAAGGUAUCGAGCCGGUGUGCUAUUCCCGUAACGUUGACUUGGGCGGCAACCUCGUAUUCCAGCCAGCCACAUUGGUUAUCGAUGUUGUUGCUAUUGUCAUGACAGCCAUUAUGAUUUAUCACGUCCGGUCAAAGUACACUGCUGUUGGUCGCAAGGAAAUUGUGCUCUUCUUUUACUUGUACAUGAUCUCUGUAUUUCUUGAAAUGUUCUUGAUCACCGAUGUUAUCCCUUCAUCCAACGCUGCAUAUCCUUACUUUGCCGCAAUACAUUUAGGCGUUGUCAGUGCAAGUUUUUGGUGUUUGCUGAUCAAUGGCUUUGUCGGUUUUCAAUUCGCUGAAGAUGGUACACCACUAUCACUUUGGUCUCUUCGUAUCAGCUCAUUUGUCAUCUUCCUUAUCGUAUUCGUCAUUGCCAUUUUGACAUUCCUCAACAUUGGUCCAUUCUCAUAUGAAAGUCCUGGUGCACUUUGGGCUUUUGUCUUUAUCAUCAAUGGUAUUUGCUUUAUUGUAUAUGUGAUUUCCCAAAUUAUCCUUGUGGUGAACACGCUGGACGACCGCUGGCCACUUGGUGAUAUCCUCUUCGGUUUUGCAUUCUUUGUGAUUGGUCAAGUUCUCAUGUACAUCUUCUCGGUCGCUCUCUGUGAUCAAGUCAAGCAUUAUGUGGAUGGUGUAUUCUUUGGUACUAUUUGCACAUUGCUCGGUGUGAUGAUGGUGUACAAGUAUUGGGAUUCGAUUACCAAGGAAGAUUUGGAGUUCUCGGUUGGAUCGAAGCAGAAUGUUUGGGAAGUCAAGGAAAUGAUGGCAGAUGACGACAUGUCUUCUCAAAGAAACUAUGGUAGUCAAAACGCCAGCCCAUACCCACCUCAACCACAACAACAACAGCCUUAUCAUCCUCAGGGCAUGCCUCCACCACCACCUCCUCAACAAAUGGGUGGUCCAUAUGGCCAGCAAUACCAUCAGCACCCAUACUGA